AUGGAGUACGCCGCUUGCAACCAGAACCAGGCCAGUGCUUUGAGGACCACCUCUAUGGACUAUGAGCAUCACAGUACCCAACCUUUCCACUUGUACCAGUAUCCUGAAAGCCAGACGAUUAAGACACUCUAUCAGAUGGAGAACCACUCCCUAGCUAGAGAUAUGGAGAUCCUGAUUCAUGUCAAGAAUGAUAUCACUACAUUUGUGGAGAAGGUGGUAGAAAAAGUCAACAUUGAAAAACAGCCAAAAGUAUGGCUCCCAGUCCCCCAGUACAUAGACUACUUCCAGAAGAUCAAGUAUGCCUUCAACCUCUUGGGGAAGAUGAGCAGCAGCCUGGAAGAGUCAAAAGUCCAUGGAUUAGUCUACAGCCUCUUCCAGUCUCUGGAAUAUGUCACUUAUCAUUGCCCUGACUACAAAACCCUACCAAAACAAGUAAGCUGUCCCUUGCUGACAGAUGAGGCCAUAAAAUUACUGAACAUGAACCUGGGACAAAAGUACAUGAAUUAUUGGAAAGAACUUGGAGUUGCUUGGACUGUAACACGGAAUUCUUGGCCACAAUCUGAACCCAUGCCCCCAGCUUACAUACCCAUUUUUUAUGAUGGCUGGCAGCUCCCCGAAAUCACCCAUCUUGAGCCAGUAAAGGGUUCUGCCCAGAGUCUCCAGACUUGGAUGAAUUACAAGUCUUGACCAGAUUCCUACUCUCCUAGGUCAAAUCUGCUGGCUGAUGCUAAGAACCCAGCAGAGCAGCAGAUUGAAGGACUUUAAUUAUCCUGCUCCCUUUUUUCACAUUUGUAAACUUCUCUUUCUGUUCUUCCAUUCUUCUCUUCCCAAGUCUACC